AUGGCUCAGCUUAACGGAUCAAAUGGCGCUGGACCGCUGUAUAAACCUCGACAGUACCAGUAUGAGAUGUUUGAGGCUAGUUUGAAGGAGAAUAUCAUUGUUGCUAUGGAUACCGGGACGGGGAAGACUCAGAUUGCGCUCUUACGGAUUGCUCAUCAGUUGGAGGGUGGUGGAUCACGGAAGUUGACCUGGUUCUUGACUCCGACUGUGGCCUUGUGUUUUCAGCAGUAUGAGGUGAUCCGCAGUCAUCUCCCGGCCGUGAGAGCUUGUACGAUCACAGGGCUGGACAAGGUUGAGCGCUGGAAGAGCCAGUAUAUCUGGGAUGAGCUUUUGAAAGAUAAACAGGUGGUAGUAUCGACUCAUGCGGUUUUGUUCGAGGCCUUGACUCAUGGGUUUGUCCGGAUGUCCCAGUUAGGUCUGCUCAUAUUUGACGAAGCUCAUCAUUGCAUGCGACGACAUCCGGCGAACAUGAUUAUGUUUGAUUUCUAUCAUCCCACCUUGCGAAAGCACGGCAGAGACAGCGUCCCUUGCAUUUUGGGUCUAACGGCUAGUCCAGUGGUCAGGUCAAAGAGUCAGGAGAUGAAAACUUUAGAGUCGAAUCUCGACUCCAUCUGCAAAACUCCGCAAGUCCACAAACAAGAACUCACCACGUAUUCCCACAGACCCGAGUUACUGCCCAUCAUCUACAAAGCCACAGAUGAAGGACCUGGCGGCAGGGCUCUGCAAGCCCUGGAGCAUGCGUGGGAUACGGCGGACAGUGACGAAGAUCCAGACGCUAUACCACAGAACGACAACCUGUCAAACGGGAGCGGGGAGUACAAAGCGUUGAUGAUACGAAAGACCCUCUGCAAUGAGCAAAUCAAACGCUUUGUGGACCGCAGCCGUCACAUCUUCACAGAACUGGGAGAGUGGGCAGCAGACUACUACAUCUGCACAUCCGUAGAGCAGCUGCGCACUACGAUUCGCGAUCAGUCUUUGACCCUGGACUGGGAAGACGAGGAGAGAGCCUAUCUUUCAAACUUCUUGUCUAAGCUUCCAGUCGCGGAGGUCCAGGCCAAACUUGCAGAUCUGAACCACUUCCCGAUGUCACCAAAACUCGCAGCGUUGAUAAAUUUCCUCGAAAAAUACGACGACCCCGAGUUCUCGGGAUUGAUCUUUGUACAGCAAAGAGUAACCGUGAGCGUACUGGCCCGCUUACUUUCCCUCCACCCCAAAACCAGGGACCGAUUCCGAUGCGCAGCCUAUGUUGGCAUGUCGAAUAGCAAUUGUCGCCAGGACAUGGUGGGCGACUGGCACAACACGAAGAAGCAGCGCGGGACCAUGGACGACUUCCGAAGCGGGCGCAAAAAUCUGAUUGUCACGACCAGUGUCUUAGAAGAAGGGAUCGACGUCACGGCCUGCCGUGUCGUCGUAUGCUUUGACAAACCCGCUAAUCUGAAAUCCUUCAUCCAAAGGCGCGGUCGAGCACGACAGAAAAAGUCAACGUACGCUAUCAUGUUCUCCACAGUGGAUGAGCACGGCGAUUUACGCAAGUGGCAGGUUCUGGAGCAGGCUAUGGUCGAAGCUUAUCAAGACGAAGAGAGGCUGCUCCGUGAGGCAGAAGCGCAAGAGGCAGUCGAUGAAAAUGUGCCAGAGAUGAUCACCGUCGAAGCUACCGGCGCCGUCAUCACACCGGAUUCAGUCGUCACACAUCUUUACCACUUCUGCGCCGUGCUUCCCGAGGAACGGUAUGUUGACAACAGGCCGGAGUUCUCGUUCGAGAAGGAUAGACUCGGCCUUGUCAAAGGCACGGUGAUCCUGCCUAGCUGCGUGCACCCCAAAGUUCGUCGCAUCCAGGGAAAACUUUGGUGGAAGACUGAGCGUGCAGCGGUUAAAGAAACAGCUUUCCAGGCAUACCGGGCUCUUUAUGAAUUUGGCCUUCUGAACGACCAUCUUCUCCCAUUAACGAAAAACCCCGAGAUGAGGCCGAACGAUCACACCACCUUGCCCGCGCUAUUAGACGUAUCUGAGCAGCAUGACCCUUGGACAGAAUGGGCAAACUCGUGGUCAUGUCCGGAUAUACAUCAGAUGCGUAUAGGCUUGGAAAGCAACGGACACCCAACAGAUGGGCUAAUCAUGAAGCUGAUCGGACCGACAAACUUGCCUCCACUGGCUCCAUUGACUCUUUUCUGGGAUCGCGAUACCAUUCUCACAUUAUCAUUCGAUGUCCCAGAGCGUAUUUCGACAGUGACCGCUAAUUGCAUCACGAACUUACGGACAGCCACUGCGCUUUACCUUCAAGCACCCCGCAGCCGACACCUGUUGGGUAAUGAUGACUUUGUGACCCUAUUUGGGCCUGAUUUACCGAGUACCGAGUUGACCGAUUGGCUUAUUCAAAACGCAGGACAUGAAACUGCUCAUGAGGCGUACUCCCGGGGCGCUAUGCCCGGUGCGGUGGGAAUAAUCCGGGACCUUUCGCGCUACGACGAGCCGUUCUUCUGCCAUAGGUGGAUCGAGUCCGAAGCUGGCUUGAUUGAGAUAGAAUGCAGGCCUAUCCCGCGUCGGCGGAACUUCUUGCAUCCGCUAAUUUUAGAUAACGGUCAUGUCGACGCCAUUGUUGGGUCGGAACCUGGUUCUGCUAGGGUGCAUACGGUGGCUGCCAAAAAUUGCACUGUCGGCAAGCUACCAGUGUCCACAGCCAUAUUUGGCUUAUUUAUCCCACAUAUUGUUGACAGACUUGGGAGUACAUUGAUCGCAAACAGGCUGUGCGCAACCAUUCUGUGUGAUGUCGGCUUCGUGAACAUUCAGCAUGUUAUCACGGCCAUCACGGCACCAUCGGCUCAAGGAGUGACGAACUAUCAGCGAUAUGAAUUUCUCGGAGAUUCAAUUCUGAAGUACCUUGUUUCGUGCCAGCUUUUCUUUCAGAACCUCAACUGGCCAGAGGGCUUCCUCACCGAAGGUCGCACCGCUAUUGUCCAAAACCCACGGCUCACCAGGGCUGCUCUGGAUGCUGGAUUGGAUGCUUUCAUUAUGACAAAGUCGCUCACUCCUCGCCGGUGGAUUGCACCACUGAUAUCCACAAGUUUAGGUGCUGCCUCUGUCAAGCGACAGAUGUCAGCCAAGGUAUUGGCGGACGUCGUCGAGGCACUAAUCGGAGCCGCCUAUUUAGACGGCGGCUACUCCAAAGCUCAGAUAUGCACGCAUUGUUUUCUUCCAGAGAUCAAUAGACAGCUCCUGGACAUCCCACAGCGAGUUGCAAAGUCACCUUGCUACACCUUUACGAACGAGGAUCUUCUGAUCGAGGCUCUCACCCACCCUUCCUGCCAGCACGACCAAUCCACCCAGUCCUAUCAACGAUUAGAAUUCCUCGGCGAUGCCAUUCUCGACAUGGUCAUUGUCCCAACCAUCUUCCAAUACUCCAACAAAAUCUCACCAGGAGACAUGACCCUCAUCAAACAUGCAGUAGUGAAUGCGAACCUGCUCGGUUUCUUCUGCAUGGAGUUCUCCAUCGAACAAGAUAAGACUAAAGUCGAACGGACUCCUGAUGGCCGAUUCGUCGUCAAGUCCGAAACAAAGCAUGUCGAGCUGUGGCGCUUCAUGAGAUUCAAUAGUCUCGAUCUGCAAAACUCCCGCGAUGCAGCUCUAAACCGUCACCGCAGACUCAGAAACACAAUUCUCGCCUCCCUCUACCACGGCCCUGAUUACCCCUGGCAAUCUCUCUCCCAACUCUACGCAGACAAGUUCUUCUCCGACAUCGUGGAAAGCGUCCUUGGAGCCAUUUUCGUUGACUCAGGUGGUGACCUGUCUGCAUGCGAAUGCUUCCUCGAGCGGAUUGGCCUGCUGUCUUAUGUCAGACGCGUCCUGUCAGCUGGAACCAAUGUGACUCACCCUCGAAGCAUCGCGCAGCGGCUGUCGAAGGGGGACGCGCUUUUCAAUUUGAGGCGCGUCUCGGAUGAGAAAGGCCGCGCCACGUACCGGUGCACAGUUACCAUGGACGAUGCCCAGAUUGUUCUCGUGGAGGGCUGUCUGUGUGGCGAAGAGGCCGAGGUAAGGGCUGCUAUUGAAACGAUUGAGUUCUUGCAGCGUCGCCAGGAAGUUAUUUGA